GCCAGCUUACGGCAGGCUGGAGUGAUCUGUCCGGGAGAUUUAUCUGGAUAAUUGAUCCGUGGGCGUGGCCGCCGUGUUCAUGGCUGAAGAUCUUGCCGAGCGCAUACACUCACAUAUCCGACCCGGAUCCGGUGCAUGUAUCUACGCUGUUCUGCCCAAGUCCUACCACAGCUACAACUUUUUGCCUGGAAUGGCACCACAACAAAUCGCCGCCCGAAACCAGAAGCGUGGACGGCGUGUUCUCGCCGGUUUAGGAUAUUCACGCAUGCCGAUAAUAUAUUUGGAACAACCAUCGUAUUCGCUGCGAACGGGUUGUGAACACCAACGGGUUUCCUUGCCACCAUCGUGCCGAACAGUAUUUGGGAACCAAGCACACGUCCACAUGCCUUCAACUCCAACCGAACCAAUCGAAAACGAAGACAUUCUCAUCGACCUCACCACCCCCUCACCACCUACUUCCAGAUCUGCUCAGCUAUCCUCGUCGCCAUCUUUCGAAGUACCUACGGUCUAUUCACAACGAAUACGCAGCCGUCAAUCGAGGCCAUCAGAGCAGCAGAACAAGUCCAGAACCACUCAAGCCAGCAGUCAGUCGACUUACUUUGUCAUCUCCGACGAGUCAGAUCUCGAGUCUGUGGAACCCCAACCUAAGAACUCCAUCCGACCCAUCACACCACCCCAACCGACCCAAGGUCGUACCCCUGCCGUCGACUCAAGUCCCACAUCAACAUCAUCCACGACUGAUGCAGCAGAGGUCGAGCGCUCCUUGCUCCAAAACACCCCUCCGCCAUCGAGUCCCCCGAUCCGCUUCUUACCCUCAGAUAUAAAGCUCCUCAACCUAUACCUAUACAGGCCCAUCUCCACCGUCAUGGCCACAUGUUCAUCGCUCAUCCUCCCUCCUCACGAAAUCCCAGGCCUGCCACUCGAUAAACUUGAAACUCUCUACUCAAAAGACCGCUGGAGAAUUAAAUCAGAGUUGAUCACCGCUCCUGGCAUCUCCCAGAAAGUCACAUGCUGGAUCUACGGCCAAGGAUGGCCUGCGAAGACUUUCAUUAUCUGUGGUUGGCUAGUCGGUGUCGAUAGAAGGGAAAAAUUCAUCACCUAUCAUAUUGACGAUGGGACCGCCGUUUUAGAAUGCCAAAUAAACAUUUCCCAACUUAACAACGCCUUUGAUUCGAGCUCUCAAGAUUACUCGAGCCUCCCUCACGAAAAGAAGGCCCCUCCAAAGAGCAAAGAUAUAAACGUACAAGCGCCCCCAGAUCCGGAUGACAGCUCAACUAGCCAGGCGCCCCCGCCCAAGACCAGAUCAGAUCCGCGCCUCGACCCUUAUCGACGCCUGCCAUCACCCGAUCGGAAGUCGCACCCCAACUCGUCUACCACAGUCAGAGGGACUAACAACCCCGGCCUGGAAGCCCCACAUCUUGAAAACCUAGUCGCAGAGACAGUCAGCGAAGAAACGAUCACGAAAUACGCCGAGUUGAAGAUCGGAACGGUCCUGAAAUUGAUCGGAAAACCCAAGUCGUUGUUCAGGGAUACCAAACGGGUCUUCGAUCUUGAGAAGGUAAUCAUCGUUCAAGACAAUCAAUCCGAUGAAGAGAUCCGAUUUAGACGGCAUCUCAAAUUCUGCAGAUCUCAUAUUUACAAUCAACCUUUCCGUUUGGCCAACGUUUGGCCUGAAGGCGCAAAGUCCCUCGGUGCUGUGAAUCCACAUUCAACCAAGUUUUUGCCUAAUUCUUCUGCUCCUGUUAGGAACCAGCAAACAGUCGAAAAAGAGAAAGAACCCAGACGGUUGAAGUUACCGCCGGUUUCUAGACUAACUUCGCAGCAGAUCACGUUCUCAAAUUAUUUGAACUAUGUAAGUCAUUACAUCGUGUCCCGAUACGAUCAGCAUGAUCUUAACACCGCCAGUAAUGGCGACUUCAGCUAUCAUGAAUUGAAGAGGAAGAUGGAUUGCUCGGAGCCGAUCGUAUUGCAAGACUUUUCGAUCGAAGAUCUCUUGGCUGAGGGUCGGGAGGAUGAUCGCCACUCUAGUCUCCGAUCCGAAAUGCGCAAGUUCACCGAGAAACUGAUCAGCCAACCGACCCAAGAGCGAUCAGAGAGCCAAGUCUCAGAACCUGACCGGCACAAGAAGCAGCAAAGCAUCUUCCUAACCGACGGUGAUAACCCUCGUUUGUCGCGGAGAAGACUGGGCACAAGCAAGGCGAUGGUCACUCGGGCCAUUCAAGCCUUGGUCAACCAAGGCACGAUCAUCAUUUCUCCCAAGGACGAGCGUCGGUUUGCGCUGCCCAACGUCUCCAGUCUUGGCCCGAAGAUCAUCCAGAUCAUCAAUCGUCUUCCUCCUCCCUCCUCCUCCGACCAUCCGGUCUCCCCUGUCGUCUCUGCCAAUCAUAUCCUCAGGAAUCUCGCCCGGGACGAGCUCUGGAAGGCCGUCCAUCCCCAAGCCGUCCAAGCCGUCCUCCGCCACCUGCAGCUCCGACAAACCGGCCCCGAUUCCUGGCGGAUCCCCUGACCUUCGUUCCUCCUUAGCCGACUUCUCCUUCACAAGCUCUCUCUCUCUCUCUCGAAUUCGAGGCCUCCUUGGCUAUAGACACGAUUUCGUUUUGGAGGCUCUUGAAUCUUAACUACAUGGUCUUCUUUUUUGCGGAUGAAUGCCGCUUUUCACACUCUUGCACUACUUGUUAUUACCAUUCGCCUGUAUUGAUUCCUUUGUUUUAUCUCUAUUGCCCCCAUCCUUAGAAUCGUUUUAUCAGUCUUGUUUUUAUUUCUGUUUUUAUUAUUAUUAUUCCUUUUGUUUUCAUUGACUGAUUCUAGUUUGUUGUUUAAUACACAUGACUGAAUCUUUACCUCGUAACACUACUUAGAUAUCAUAAAUACUCUUGUUGAUUGAGUCCAUAUUCUUUUGUAAUACUACAUAUUAUCUGCAAUCUAAUCAAUCACCCUUUUUUCUUA